CUGGCUUUAUAUUGUAUCACGCCCGCUCUGACACAAAAGCAGGAGGUUUCUCUCGCAUUCGCGUUUACUUUCUAUUUUGUCGGUUGUGUGGAUUCGGGAUUAAUUUUAAUACUAUUUGAACACUUUUUCUUCGGGAUGAGAAUUUUGAGAUAUAGACAAUAUCUAAUAAAAGAAUUUGUUUUUCAGUAACACUGGGAAGGAAAAAAUAUUCACAUCUUUCUGCAUCUCGAGUAUAAUUUUUCAGACAUUAGAAGAAGAGAUUAAAAACAAAGUGCACGAAGUGCAAGUUCAAAAAGCAUCAUUUCUUGCGGAUUUGGACACACAUACACAUCACACACACAUAUAUAUAUAUACAAUUAUAAUUUGGACACAUACACAUACAGACGAUAUAGGUUAUGUUUAUUGCGAAUUAAUCGAAAAUGUUCGUAUAAUGAAUUGUAACAAUUUAAUAUAUUGUUUGUGUUACAAAGAUAAAUUUUUCACUUAUUGUAUUAUUUUCAUUGAAAUAAUCGAGUAAUUAUAUAGAUUAAAUAAUUAAUGUUAUUUAAAUAACAAUGAAUAAAUUUUCGUUAUUAAUUGAACAAAAUAUACGUUUGCAACUGCGACGAAUGAGCACGACUACGAAACAAAGACAAACACCAUCUGAAUACUGUUUGCAGUUAGUUAGGAAGAGUGACUAUGAAAACUUUUUGUGUACGUUAUUACUCCCUCAUAGUAUCAGAUCUGCAGCUUUCGCAAUACGUGCAUUUAAUGUUGAAGUGGCUCAGGUAGAAGAUCAAGUGAGCGACAAUAAGAUUGGAGCUAUGCGACUGCAAUUUUGGAUUGAUUCAUUGAAUAAUAUUUAUAAUGAUCGUCCACCUAGGAGUCCAGUAGCUAUGGAAUUACACAGGAUUCUCCAACAACAUAAGUUGUCUAAGCGCUACUUCAAGCGUUUAAUUGAUGCUCGUUUAGAUAAGCUAAGUAGUUCAAUAUUUGUGGAUUUAGAGUCGCUCGAAAGAUAUUGCGACUAUACUGUAUCGUCAUUAUAUUACUUAUUGUUAGAGGCCCAAGGCACGGCGAAUAUAAACGCCGAUCAUGCGGCCAGUCACUUCGGCAAGGCACAUGGUCUAAUUACUUUGAUCCGUUCCAUACCAUAUAACGUUCACAAACGAGUUAUGGUACUACCACAAGACAUUUUACUUAAAAAUGGUGUCUCCUCUGAAUCCAUAUUUCGGAGACAACUGAAUGUUGGAUUCAAAGACGCAGUAUUUGAUGUCGCUACUUGUGCAAACCAACAUCUGCAAAUGGCAAUGUCACUAAAGAAAGUAGUAGGAAAAGAUCUCAAUAUGAUAUUUUUGCCAAGAGUUCGUAUGGAGAAUUACUUGGAAGAAUUAAGGGAAGUAGAUUUUGAUGUUUUCCAUCCUGUACUACAAAGGAGGAAAGGUUUUCUUCCAUUGCAACUAUUUUGGCAGAAGAUAUGGUUUAGUGAUUAAAAUUAAAAAUAUUUUAAAG